AUGACAAUAUCAUUUGAAGUUAUACCUGAAUGUGGAUUAAGAAAUGAUAGUGUUGAAUUUAUUUUGGGGACUCCAAUUAAUCAAAUGAUAUCUGCAUUACAGAAUGUUCCUAGAAUAGUUAAAAAUAUCCAACUUAUCUAUUGUCCAAAAGAACCAUUUUCUAAAGAUAUAUGUAUAAAUUUAAAAGAUGAUGGUAUCAGAUUAAUAUUUGAUAGUAAACAACAAGUAUUAAAAAUUAUUGAAGUUUAUGCACCUUCAAAAUUAACUCUACAAUUUGGGCAAACAAUUUUUUCAACACCUGAUCAACCAGCUGACAUUCAAAAAGUACAAGAAUGUUUUGGAGCUACACAUCCUGGAGAGUAUGAUGAUUUACAAAAAUUAUUCCUUUUAAAUUGGCGUGGUACAUCAUUUGCCUUUCCGGCUAAGGAUUCAUCUGCCGUCCAAAGUACCUAUGCUCAUGGUUUGGGAUCAUUACAUUUUUCAAAUUCUUCUAUUCCUCAAUUAGAAAGAUUGACAAUAUUUUAUGGUUCUACAUUAUCAGAAGCAAAAAUACCUCCACAACCAACAUAUACUUUAUGUGGAACAAAUAAAUUAAAUAAAAUUGAUGUUAUUCAGGAGGAUGGAAAAAUAAAAGGUUUAAAAAUAAAUUUUUCCUGUGAAUGGUCUAAUGAUGGUGGAUAUCGAAAAAGUGAAAAUGCUAUAAAAACAUAUGAAAAAGUAAUAUUAUUUGAUUGCAAAGAGAAUCAAGUUAUAUCUGAUUUAGGAGCACCUUCAAGAAUAUUUUAUAAAUCUGAUGAAAAAAUGUUAAUUCAAAAAGGAGUUUUUAAGGAGACAGCAAAAAAUGAUGAGGAAAAAGCCGAUUAUUUUUUCAAUUAUUUUACUAUGGGUUUGGUAAGUUAA